UCCGCCCUGGACUUUGCCUCCUGUGGAUGCUCCCGGCAAUAAAACCCCUCCAGGGAGGUGGGAACAGGGGUGCCCGGGACAGCCCCCCCCGCUGCAGGCACCGGUAGUGUGCGAGCACCCUGCCUGCGGCUCUGCCCUGCGGCCGACGGGGGGGGACGGCCGCGCUCCGGUCCCGACCCGUCCGCAGCCCGGUCCCCGUCGAGGCCAGGCUGGAUCCGCCGGCCCCAUGCAGAGGGAAGGGCUCCCCGAGGUGAAGGUGGUCGUCGUGGGGGACGGGGGCUGCGGGAAGACGUCUCUGCUGGUGGCGUUCGCCAGGGGGGACUUCCCCAAGGUCUAUGUCCCCACUGUAUUCGAGAAGUACACAGCCUCCCUCCAGGUUGCUGGCAAGCCUGUGAAGAUCCACCUCUGGGACACUGCAGGACAGGAAGACUAUGACCGGCUUCGCCCAUUAUCCUACUCAGAUGCCAAUGUUGUCCUCAUCUGCUUUGAUGUCACCGACCCCAGCAGCUACAACAAUGUCCUAACAAAGUGGUACCCGGAGGUGAACCACUUCUGCAAGCGCAUCCCAGUGCUGCUGGUGGGCUGCAAGACCGACCUGCGGCAGGACCGUGCGGUGCUGCUCAAGCUCCAGGAGGGGCGCCUGGAGCCCGUGUCCCAGCAUCAGGGAGAGGCCAUGGCCCGGCAGGUCCACGCUGUGUCCUACCUGGAGUGCUCAGCCAGGUACCAGGAGAACGUCAGUGGCAUCUUCAUAGAGGCCUGCAGGGCUGCUCUCAGUGCUGCCCGCCGCAGCCAGCGCAGGAGGAGACCCAAGAGGGGCUGCGUGCUCUGCUGACCCCACACCAUGGCCAUGGGGACCCAGCAUGGCUCAGGACCUCGGCUCCGGCUGCUGCUGGGCAUCAUCAGCCACCACCAGAUCUCCGCAGCCACUGCUGUCACCCUGCAAUGGAGAGAACUGAUGGGGGGGUCCCGAUCCUGCUGGCUGGCCAGUGAGGGAGGGGAGCCAUGGGGUGAACGCGGUGCAGUGAUGACAUUAAAG